AUGCAUAAAGAAGAAGAUUCCAGAAGCGAUAACUCUACAGAUUUUUUAGAUACAUCUGACAGCUCAGGAUUUGACACGGAUAACACCUUGGAAGAGAGCGAGGACCUGGUGAAAAAGCAAAAGACAGGUAGAGGCAGGCCCAGAAAGACAUCAAUCGAUACGUUUGACAAUAAAAGAUUGAAUGCCUCAGGUCACUUGGAAACAGUGCAGGAGGUGCUCAAGGGUCUGGAGGAGGAGGUAGACACAUGCUUGGAAACGCCUUUGACACAAUCUGAGAGGCAUCCCCAGAAGGAAAAAGUGGAGCUGCAGGACCCAAUACAAGGAGGAAGAAUUAUGCUGCCUCUGAGCCCCUUUCUAAACCCAAAGAUACACGUGCCACUAACUCUGCUGAACGCAGAGGACAGCGAGAGUGCAAACCUCCAGGAGAAGAUACACAACUACCAGUAUGUGAACAAGGGCCUGGCAAGCACCAUACAGUACCAGAUGUAUUUGAACAAUCUUGUGCUUAUGAACAAAAUUGCAGGAAAGCCAAAGAAUGCGGAGAAACACAUGGAGAGAGGCGCUGAAAAGCAUGAAAGCCCAGACAGCAGGUACAGCGACAUUGGAGGCGAUGUAGUUAGAAAGCCCAGAAGAAGAUCUGCAGCUGUUAUCAAGUCGACCCCUGUCAAUGAUAAUGAUGAGGAAGAUAACGAUGAGGACUAUGAGGAUGACGAUGACAUGGCUGAGGAUACAAUGAUUGAGGAGGACAACGUGGAGAAGAUACUUUCAUAUAACAAGCCUGAGAACACAUUCUAUGUCAAGUACAGAGGAAAGUCGUACCUGCACUGCGAAUGGGUUCCGUACGACACGCUUGUUGAGACAAAGACAGGGGAAAUGCGAGUGCGGAGAUUUCUCAAGGCCCCUGUGGUGCACGAGGAAGACGCAGACCUGUUUGACUCUGAGCUUGUCACAGUAGAGAGAAUUAUUGCGGAGGAAGAGGAAUAUAUUGACGAGAACACGUCAAGAAAAAUAUAUCUGACCAAGUGGAGGAAGUUCCCGUAUGAGUCCUCAACCUUUGAGUACUACGAGCAUCUAUCUGACUGCGAGGGCUUUGAGCAGGCCCACGGCGACUUUAUUCGGAGAAGGGAAAAGAUCUAUACAGGAACCACGCCAAUUGGGUGGAGGCCGUCUAGGGACCGAGUUCCUGAAUCCUUUGUCUUUAAGGGCGGAAGAGAGCUAAGAGCAUACCAAAAGGAAGGAGUGUCCUGGCUGGUCAAUAAGUGGCUGUUCCGACAGAGCUGCAUACUGGCCGAUGAAAUGGGAUUGGGAAAGACCGUGCAGAGCGUGGCAUUUGUGGACACAAUUAUGAGCAAGUGCGGAAUGAAAAGGCCAGCGCUUGUGGUUGCGCCUCUUUCUACCAUUCCACACUGGGAGAGAGAGUUUGCUGCCUGGACUGAUCUGCGCGUGCUAGUGUAUCACGGAUCGCAGCCAGCAAGGGAAAUAAUGCAGGACUUUGAGUUCAGAACUGCAACAGGGCAACUUCUGUUUGAUGUUAUUUUGACAACGUACGAGAUGGCCAUUGCAGGCGUAGACCAUCUUUCUUCUGUAUCCUUUGGAGUGAGUGUUCUGGACGAGGCGCAUAGACUAAAGAACAGCAGAAGCAAGGCAGCGCAGACCCUCCGGUCAAUAGAGGUGGACCACAAGGUCCUUCUAUCUGGUACGCCGCUGCAGAACAACCUUUCAGAGCUUUGGUCACUUCUGAACUUCAUUGAUGAGGAGAAGUUCCCUUCCCUAAAAUACUUCCUUGACGCAUACAAGAUGGAAGAGGCAGACGAUGUGGAAAGGAUCCAGCUGCUACUGAAGCCGCUGAUGCUGCGUCGUAUGAAGGACGAUGUGGAAACUAUUCCGGUAAAGGAGGAGACCAUUGUGGAGGUGGAGCUCACAAUGAUUCAGAAGAGGUUCUACAGAGCAAUACUUGAGAAAAAUAUGGAAUUCCUGGGCGCAGCAGGGUCUUCAACACCAAACCUGCUAAACAUAAUGAUGGAGCUAAGAAAGUGCUGCAUUCAUCCUUAUCUAAUCUCGGGCGCAGAGGAGCAGAUUCUCAUGGAAAACGGACAGGAUAUAAACCACGAAUCUGGAGAUCGCGAUGAAUACUACCGGAUUCUUAUACAGAGCAGUGGAAAGCUUGUUUUCCUGGACAAGCUGCUUGCAAAGCUGCAUAAGAGCCACAAGGUGCUUGUGUUUUCGCAGAUGACAAAGUGCCUGGAUCUAAUUGCUGAGUACCUGCAGUACAAGGGAUACUUAUACGAGCGAAUUGAUGGAACAGUGCGAGGAGAUGUAAGACAGGCGUCAAUUGACAGAUUCAGCACGGAUGAGAACUCCUUUGUUUUCCUGCUGUGCACGCGUGCAGGAGGUGUGGGUAUAAACCUGACCGCAGCAGACACAGUUAUCAUAUUUGACAGUGACUGGAACCCCCAGAACGAUCUGCAAGCGCAGGCCAGAUGUCACAGAAUAGGACAAACAGCUGAAGUUAAGAUAUACAGACUGGUGACCCGCAACACAUACGAAAGAGAGAUGUUUGACAGAGCUAGCUUGAAGCUUGGUUUGGACAGGGCAAUUCUUCACAAGGACAAGGACAGAGAGUCUGCGCACAACAGGAAGGGAAGAGUUGAGUCUCUGCUUAAGAAGGGUGCAUACGGUGUUCUUAUGGAGGCAGAUGAUGUCAAUCAGAAAUUCUGUGAGGAAGACAUUGACAAGAUACUUGAAGGGCGUACCAGCGUAGUCCGGCACGAGGACCAAAAAGGAAAUGUGUUCAGCAAGGCUUCAUUCCAGGUGACAGAAGAGAUAGAUGACCCAGACUUUUGGGAGAAUCUUCUUAUAAAGAGACGAGCUGCAGACGCUGAAAGCCGGCUCCGGCGUAUUCUCAGAAAGAUGGCGCGUGCAGGCCUUCUCUCAGAAGAGGAGCUGCCUAAGAGGGAGGAAGCAAUUAAGCAACUAAAGGAAUCUCUUGACGCUUCGGAUGCAAACGACAAAGCCACUGUGCUGGAGAAAGAAAGAUUCUCAGAUCUGCUAGUAGAGCUGCGGGGAACAAAAGCCCAGGGGCUGACAAAGGGGCAAGUUGCAAAGAGCAUCCGGCGCGCGCUUAGAGCAAUUGCAGAGCAGGGAAUUAAGGACGACCUGAGCAUGUCUUUAGAGUGGGCGCUCCAGAAGGAUGACAGCGACAAUGACGAUAAGACGAUUGCACUUCCAGAAGAAGUAGAUCCGCAAAGACUUCUCUUCAGAUGCCAGAUGAUUGAGCUUCUUGAGCCAUACGAGGACUUUAAAGGUGCAACCGAGAUCGAGUGGAAGAACUGGGCGAUUGAAGACGAUAAUCUGCUGGUAGGCCAGGUCCGCGCGUUUGGCUACGGGGUGUACAACAUACAGGUUGACGAAAAAACAAGAGUGGGCUUGGUGAAGAGCGAAAAGGGGAAAGAGAUCGCGCUGUACAAGGGAAGGUCAAAGGACGAGCUUAACUCCCGAAUACGGAAGAUACUUCUUGUUAUUAACAAAAAAGAAGACAAUGAUGAGGAAAGAGAAAGUGUGUCUGCUGCCAUAGAGCUCUUCGGAAGACCAACCCAGAAAAACCGAGAGAGCAUUGUGAAAAUGUACAAAGGCAGGAAUAUCAUAACAGAAAUGACAAAUAUGAUUGGCAUGAUAGAGGAAAACAUGAAAAGGCGGCAGAGCAGACGCAGUGGGUUUGAUGCAGAGCUAGCCAAGGUGCUUACCAAUAAGAUCAAUCUUUUUGACAGGCUUGAGCUUAUCAGUGCAGGGCCUCUCCCCGUGUUGCGAAAAACAACAGGUCUUCCAAGGGGAUGGGGCAAGGAGAAAGACACGCUAAUGAUCCAGUCGCUGCUUGCAGAGGGCCUCACCAAGGAGGUUUGCGAAACACUGGGGGUAAGUGAGGAGGUUCUUCUCCGCAGAGCAGAAGCACUUAUCCGCCACCAGCAGAUAAAGAACGAUCAGGAGGACCUAUCAGACAAGACUCCUUCUCUUGAUUUGUAA